AUGUUUUAUCUCACUGGUUUUCCUACACUGGAGGCCGUACAACAUUGGAUUUUCAUUCCCUUUUUCUUUAUGUACCUGGUGGCCAUCUCGGGCAACUGUCUCAUCCUGAUAAUCAUUAAGACCAACCAUCAUCUACACACACCCAUGUACUAUCUGUUGUCCUUUCUGGCCCUCACUGACCUAGGACUGUCGGUGUCCACCUUGCCCAGCACUAUGGGGAUCUUUUGGUUCAACUACCAUGGAAUCCACUUUGUAGCCUGUCAAAUCCAGAUGUUCUGCAUACACUCUUUUUCCUUCUUGGAAUCUUCAGUGCUCCUUGUCAUGUCUUUCGACCGCUUUGUGGCCAUUUGCCACCCCUUAAGAUAUUCAGUCAUAAUCACCGGUCAGCGAGUAGUUAGAAUUGGUCUGGUUGUAAUUUUCAGGGGUCCUGUAGCCCUUGUUCCCCUUGUCGUCAAACUGAAAUAUUUUCCCUACUGUGGUUCCCGAGUCCUAUCUCACUCAUACUGCCUACACCAGGAAGUGAUACACUUGGCCUGCACAGACACUACUUUUAAUAACUUAUAUGGGCUGGGAGUGGUGGUAUUCACUGUAAUGCUAGAUCUGGUGCUGAUUGCACUGUCCUACGGGCUCAUCCUUAAAACAGUGGCAGGAUUGGCCUCCCGAGAAGAGCGCCUUCGAGCUUUCCAAACAUGCACCUCACAUCUCUGUGCUGUGCUGGUUUUCUUUGUGCCCAUGGUGGGAUUGUCCCUGGUGCACCGCUUUGGGAAACAUGCUCCGCCUGCUGUCCACCUCUUCAUGGCCAACGUGUACCUCUUUGUACCUCCCAUGCUUAACCCAAUCAUUUAUAGUAUUAAGACCAAGGAGAUCCGCCGUACCAUUAUCAAGUACUUGGGACUUAGAAAGAGCAAUACUGAAUCCUGGGGCUAA